UAUUGUCUCGGUGCGGCAUGUCUACUCUUAAUUCUUUCCUCCUCGCGCCACCCCUUCCCGCAUUAUAGAUAGACGUUAAACGGCGGGCCGUAGACAUGAGCAGCAUACAUCAUAUGCUGUUUUACUCUCAAGCUCUAGUGAGACUUUGCAGGGUGCGAAAAUGGAUCGGCUGUCGUAGCCACUGAGUCGUAGCAGUAGUUGGUCUCCACGUCAGCACAAAGACCAGCGCCGGAUUCCCCUGCCUGCUUUUUCCGAUUCUCUUCUUUCCUUGAAAUUGUGCAAGAUGUACCGAGAAUCGUCGCCCGCAUCCGAUGAGCCGGAAUUUCAGCCGUUGAGGAGGCUCAAACCGUUACCUAAACGUAGACGCACCUCAGACGCGCCCGUUCCAGCAGCAGACCUCGUCCAUCCCAUGGCCGACAUUCUCGGCGCAGAAUCUCUCGCAGAAGAACUCAUUGCUAAUGCUGACACAUUCUCUCUGCAGUCUUACUAUUCCUCUGUGUUUGGUGGCGCCCACAACGGAGACGCUCUUGAUCUGAGUGCGGCGUACCAGCUUGGGAAAAUGGGAAAGUCGGAGGAGGACCAGAGUGAGGGUGACUAUGCAGAUCAUCUGCAGCAGCCUGGGAAUACGAAGAAGAGGAAGGUGCCAGCUAAUAUGUCGGGCGCGGCGCAAGGGCGCGAGGCGGAGCCACAGUUGGGUGUGGAGGAUGAGAUUUUGGAUAGUUUGGCGUUAUUGAACGGUCGGGCUGACCAUGGCCCACACCUUCUUUCUGCGCUGCCAUCAUCGGUGACGCAACCCCCCAGGAAGGGGAAGAUCACCCCAUCAACGCUAGCAGGUCUGCAGCACAAAGAGCUGCUCAAGCACCGGAAGCGCCAGCUUGCAGCAGUCUUGGGGGCCCUGUCUCUUGGCGAUACAUUUGCCCUUGAUCAAGCAUUAUCGACGCAUUUGCCCUUUGCGAGUUCGAUGAUCAGAUCCGGUUCUAAUCCACCCAAAGUACGACUCUCGUGCCGGCGUGUUCCACGUCUCGCUCGUGCGGCAAAGGCCCUUGCGAGUGCAGCCUCCAUGCCCCCUCGAAAGAAGCCUUCAUUUCCAACCGCUCAAUUCUCGUUCACGUUUUCUAGUGCGACAUCUGAUCGCCUCGUUGCGACAAAACAGGAGGUGCUCGCGCUCAGAAAUCGAUUUGAAAAUGAACUCGCACGUCAAGCGGCUAAAGUGGCCAAAGCAGCUGCCGAUGCUAAACAAGCGGCACUUACGGCAACCAAAGGGGCUAAGUCAAAGCGGGGAGAGAAAACGCAGCAGCGGGCACUCAAAGGUGCAGCUCAAGGUGGGGAUCAGUUAGCGGAGUUUCUGGAAUUGCCAACUGCGGGGAAAGGCAAGGGAAGCAAAAAGAAAAAGCGCAAUGCACUUGCUAUCGCAUCGAAUCCUCACCACCGCAAAAAUUACGUUCCUUCCAGGCUUCCUUCAUCUGGACAGGCUAAUGUGGUCCAGGCGACUGCCAAUGCUCAGAACAUGCUUGGGCCACUGCCUCUUCGCUUCCUCUCGGCACAAAUACCGCCUCGCAGACACAAGAAGGCAAACACGGCUACUCCCACUGCGCAAAUAGUCAAUCCUGCAGAUGAAUGGAUCUGUCCACGUUGUGAAUAUUCCCUUUUCUAUGGAGAGGGGCCAGAGUAUCGUCAAGCGGUGAAGAACCGAAAACAGAUUCUUCGUAGAAGGCGACGGGCACAGGAGCGUGCCGCAGGCGGACUAAGUGCCUCCAAGACGCCUGCAAAUUUGGCACCGUCGGAUGAAGAAGAUGAUUACGACAAUGAUUAUGAGCCAUCUCCUGCGCAGUCCCCCGCCGCCGCGAGGCAGUUUGAUUGGAAGGAAGGCCCGGAUAUAGGCAGGUUAAAGGGGCAGGAUUUCAUACAAUCUGGAUAGCCCAUUUACUGAUCCAACUUCCGCUUUUUCUAUCUCAUUUUGCAUACGCCAUCUCUAGUUGCGGAAAGGCAUCGCAUUACUUACUGACAUGUUAUCACAACCCGCAUCUUUAUCUAAUAGACGGACAUUUGGAAUUUAUUGAGCGUCGUAGGCAGUCGCGUUGGCAAGUAUGAUCAUUUGAGGCAAUUUCAAUGGAAAACCUGG